AUGGAGGCCGCUCAAAGGGUGGCCACCCAAAGAGAAGCAGUCCAGCGGGAGGCGGUCCUACGGGAAGCAGCCCAAAGGGAGGCUGCCCACCAGGAGGGUGUCCAGCGGGGAGCCGUCCAACGGGAGGCUGCUCAAAAGGAGGCCGCCCAACGGGACGCAGCUCAGCGGGAGGCAGUCCAGCGGGAAGUUGCCCGCCGGGAGGCUGUCCGCCGGGAGGCUGUCCGCCGGGAGGCUGUCCAGCGGGAAGCCCUCCAGCGGGAAGCCUUCCAGCGAGAGGCUGUCCAAAGGGAGGCUGCUCAAAGGGAGGCCCAACGGGACGCGGUUCAAAGGGAGGUCGUCCAGCGGGAGGCAGCCCACCGGGAGGCCGUUCAGCGGGAGGCAGCCCACUGGGAGGGCGUCCAGCGGGAGGCAGCCCACGGGGAAGCAGCCCAGCCGGACGGAGCCCAACGGGAGGCAGCCCUCCGGGAGGCUCACCGGCAGACCGUCCAGCGGGACCGAGAGGCAGUCCAACGGGAGACGGCGUACGGCGGCAGUAGUCUGGGGUCGGUGGACGCGUGGUCGACGAAGAGCGCUCCGCCACCGCGGCUUCUGCACGCGGCGUACAUUCGUACCCCGACGCCUCCGCCGAUGCGGCCAGGUGCGGGCGGCACUUUGGGAUCGCACACGAGGUCGCAGCCCAUUCCGCAGUUGCCAGCGCGGGCGCCGGCGGUGACCAGUUUCAUGACUACGAGCUUCCCGCAACCAGCACGAACUUCUCCUGGACCACCGGGCAUAUACGCUAACCCCGUGACCGGCCGCGGUAACGUAACCGACACUUCCAUGGUCGGUACUCUCAUGGUGGGUAGUACCACUUCCACGGCCGGUACUCCGGGUCCCGUGGCCAGUACUCCAAGUUCCAUGGCGGGCACUCGGAUCCCCGUGGGGUCAAGUGCCUCACGAUAUAUCCCCAGCCGAACCAGACUGUCUCCUUCGACGCUCGGUUCCAGUCACCACGUGCCGAGUUCGCUCCGAACGGCGUCGCAGAUGCGGAGUGUCUCGCCCGCGCGCUGGGACGUGCCGGGUCGCCCGUUUGCAACCCAGUCGAACUUGCAUUGGGCGAAAACCGACGUUUUGGCAGCACCGAGACCUGCACCCACGACCACUGGCUUCCAGUCCACUGGCUUGCCUGGCUACCAGCAGUCGUUUGGCUACCAGCAGCCGACUGGCUACCCACACCGUGGGCACUUGCCGACUGCCUACGUGACAACCAGUCACCGCAGAACCCACUCUCUGGUGCAGGCACGCCCGUCACCUUUCCACCGGUUUCAUUUGAAACCGGCGGCAGUCCCGGGACCCGCACCCACGCCCACACACGCGAACCCAUUAUACCAACGUGCGAACGUCCUACAAGCCCCGGCCGCCCGCAGCGCGAUCCCCACGACCAUCAGCCAUACCCGGUCUGAACUGAACGGCCCGACCUUUUUUUCCGUCUAG